UGUGUGUGUGAGGGGAGGAGACAAGUGAGGCCGGCUGAUAAAGCUGUGAGUGUUUUUGUCCUUUGUCAUUUGUUGGAGGGGUCUUCAGGACACCGCGGAGGACGGUGACGUGGAGCGGAUGUUUGAGGAACAGAUGAACUUUGUUAAACUUUGACUUGAGCGACAGAGGAAACAGUAACGAGAUGGGAUUAACGUGAGCGGACGAUGUGAUCAACAAGGUUGUUCAUCUUGUGGUGAUGAUGCUUGAAAUCUUUGUCACUGAUGUGCAGCUGGUUGAUAUUUUUUACACGGUCUUCAUCUUUUUGAAAGUUUUAACUUUGUGUUUUGAGUCUGAGCUUUGGUUCAAAUGUUCUUUGUGCCACGUGUCCUCUGACGGACGUCGGCUGUGAAGGAUUAAACAGAUUCUGACGGCAGCGAUGUCAGACCAUCUCUGCUACACACACGCUGUGUGACGUCAUCUGAAAGUCUCUGGGUUUGUCUUGCCAACAUGUUGUACUUGUGUGGACACGUGAGCACUGAUCCCUCUGUCAGCGUGAGUCCUGACUGCCUGGACGCCAGCGAGCCGACCCCGAUGGACGUGGGGCCUCGGGUGAUGGGCCUCAUCCUGAGCAUCGCCUCCUGCCUCAUCAUCUCCACCAACCUGCUGGUGGCCUUCGCUCUGCUGAAGCUGCUCCUGAAGAAGAGCAGCCAGAGCUGGUGCUUCGUCCUCAACCUGGCACUGGCCGACGUCCUGGUGGGCGUGGCCAUCACUGGUCUGGCUACAGAGGACUUCCACAGCGACAGCAUCAACAUCACUCAGAGCCGGAACAUCCAACCCACCGCUGACCCUGCCACCAACACCACGCCUUCUGCUCAGGGUAAGACCCGCUGUUUGAUGAGGAUGGCCUUCGUCAUGUCGCCCUGCACGGCGUCCAUCAUGUCCAUGUUCCUCAUCUCACUGGACCGCUACGCAGCCAUCAAGAUGCCCCUGCGGUACUCCCAGCUGUGUGGGAGGGCGACAGCAGUCGGGUCACUGCUGGCUCUGUGGAUCAGCGCGCUCAUUUUGGGAUUCCUGCCAGUCAUGGUGCGUCAGCUGCAGACCGACCACUACGACGGCUUCUGCGCCUUCUUCGCCGUCAUCCAGCAGAUGGGCAUGAUCUUGUUGCUCAGCGCCUGCUUCUUCCCCGUGCUCUCUGUGUUCAUCUACAUCUACCUGGACAUCCUGAAGAUCGCCUGCGGCCACCAGAAGCAGAUCUCCCGGCAGGCCGGCUCCAGGACGGCUGACCACCGAGGCCAUCAGCACCACGAGCAUCAUCACCAGCAGCUGAGGAGCUACUGGAGCCACGUGAAGGCCCUGAGGACGGUGGCAGUGCUGGUCGGCUGCUUCCUGAUCCUCUGGUGCCCGUUCUUCGUCGUGUGCAUAGUUCAAAUUCUGUGCUCGAGAUGUCAACUCACCAAAGUGUUGGAGAAUCACCUGUGGCUCCUGGGACUGUCCAACUCUCUGAUCAACCCUCUGGUGUACGCCUUCUGGCAGAGGGAGGUGCGGCUGCAGCUGGCCGCCAUGUUUUCCUGCUUCACAGGCCGGUCAGUGGCCACCAGACCUCCAGGUGUCAAUGACAGAAGUGAGCCGCCGAACGUGCUGACUCAGGCUGCUGCUCCAGGCGGAGAUACUCUCAAUCCUUCACUGCUGCGGCCGAUUAUCGGCAGCACCGCGGCUCACGCUGCGCCGCUGUCGACUACGACCAGCUUGUGAAAGACUCCAGAUCAUCCAGAAACUGUGACUGUGGAGCCGGACGAGUGUAACAAGAAACAUCUCAGUACAAAUGAUUCCUCUUUAAGGCCGAGCGUCGACAGUCACAUUCAUAAAUCUGAGCGCUGCUGGAUGAUUCAGAGUUUAGUUCCAUAGUUUCCAGUAAAACCAGAAGAGUCAGAGGUCAGCGGCAGCAGAGGCAGGAAAUAGUUUGAUCUCCAUUUGACAUUCAUUCCUAGUAAGUCCACAAGGUUCCUGACCCGUCCCACGAGUCCAUGAGGGACGGUCUCGGACUCCCUGAGCCCUUUAUGCAGCUGAGGGAGAAACCGACAGGGAAGUGAAAGUAAAGAGAAAUGUAAUUUACUUCCUCAGAUUUAAAGUUGUUUGGCACUGACAGCUGGAUUUUUGGUUCUGACUGACGCAGUUGAUGAUGGUCCAGUAUCUGUGAACUGGCACUUAAAAAUAAUCUGUAAUCUCACCUCAGUUCCGGUGAACCAGCAGGAAGGCCGAUGGAUUCAAAUCACAUGACGAGUCGUCUCUGUGAGUCUUGACGACAGCUGAAGCUACGACGCCUCUCUGAAAAAGAGAAAGAGGAGUCUGGUAUGAACAGGAUGUGGUCCCACGUCCACCUGGAGGCUUGAAGCUUUUCAUAGUGAUUUUACCAGCCAGGAUAAAUGUUUCCCCAAAACACAGAUACAUUUAAAUUUGUAUGUGUCAUACGUGUCAGAUCAUCUAUGAUGCUGACGUUAAAACUGAGAGACGAUGUUCCAACAUUUGUAAACGUCACACCACUGGAUUAUUUUAAUAAAGGACAUCAGGAGACAGAACCAGGUAUUUAAAGAUAAACAUGAUGUUUUCUUAACUCUGACCAAGUGGUUUAUGUGCUUCAACCUCACCAGAGCACGUACACGUAAAGUUUCAACAUAUCAGGUCCUGCUGCCAUUUAUGGGUUUUCUCAUUGAAAACUGGGUGAUUCACACUCUUUCCAACCAGCUGACAACGUCAACAUGUCACAAAACAACACGCUUGUGUCAUCAUUUCAAUAAGUUGGUUGUUAAAAGAAAGAUGAUAUUGAUUCUUGUGAAGGUAUUUAUCUGAUAUUUCGUCACAUUGCAGAAGAUUUCUAGGAAUCUCAUGUUUCAUGUGUAAAAUUAUGAAACUGUGUCGGCACCUUCAUCAUCUGAGAUGAGCAAACAAGCCGGAGCAAGAAACCACAUCCACAUUCCUCAGUUGAAGGGCAGUUCAGUCAGUUCUGGUUAAAGAUGGUUUCAAAUGUGAAUUCUUCAAAUAUUUGGUGAAUAAAGUUUCACUUCUGAACCAGU